CAAUACCCCCGUAGAGCAGAAAAAAUCAGGAAAGGUUUAUUACAGCAAUUCGGGUGUCCUGGCGGCGAUGUAGCCUAUAACAUAAAGACAGGCAACGGAUGCAAACACAGCCAGAGCGAGUGAUCAGCACAACGCCGACAAGACAUUUUAAGGAAUGGCAGAGGCGGACUUACAAACGUUCACUUCCAUAAUGGACGCGCUGGUUCGCAUUAGUUCCAAUAUGAAGAGUAUGGAGCGCGAGCUGCAGUGUCCGGUGUGUAAGGAGAUGGUGAAGCAGCCCAUCAUCUUGCCAUGCCAGCACAGCGUAUGUCUGCUCUGCGCCUCCGAGGUCCUGGUCCAAAACGGCUACCCUGCACCAGACCUGCCCCCUGAGCCCAAAUCACCCGCCUCCACCCCCAACACCCGCUCACCACGGCAGGCCCGCAGACCUGCACCCAAGGUUGACCGUAUUGACCGUGUCCUGCGACCAGGGUAUGGGACGUACCCCGGCCGGAGACGCAAGGAGGGCCCCCCUCCCGCCAUGCUGUUCCCCUGCCCUCCAUGUGGGAGGGAGGUGGAGCUUGGGGAGAAGGGCCUGGCUGACUGUUUACGCAACCUCACCCUGGAACGGAUAGUGGAGAGGUACAGACAUACAGUGAGUCUGGGCACCGUGGCGGUCAUGUGUCAGUUCUGUAAGCCACCUCAGUCUCUGGAGGCCACCAAAGGAUGUGCUGACUGCAGGUCUAAUUUCUGUAACGAGUGCUUCAAGCUGUACCACCCCUGGGGGACGCCCCGGGCCCAGCAUGAGCACGUCCAGCCCACCCUCAACUUCAGACCUAAGGUUCUGACCUGUCCAGAACAUGACCAGGAGCGACUGCACUUCUAUUGCAAGUCCUGCCAGAGGCUGCUAUGUCCGCUGUGUAAGCUGCGUCGAGUCCACGCCGGCCACAAGGUCACCCCCAUUGCCCAGGCCUGCCAGGCGCUCAAGGAAAAAAUCACCAAGGGGAUCAACUAUAUCCUGGCCAAUCAGGAGACAGUGCAGGCUCAGAUCACCCAGCUGGAGAAUGCCAUCACACAGACAGAGAUGAACAGCGCCUCAGCGAAGGAGCAGCUGACGCAGUGUGUGCGGGAGCUGGGCGCAGCAUUAGCGGAGAGGCAGGGGGUGCUGACCCAAGCGCUGGAGGCGGCCCGCCACAGGCGGGGUGAGGCGCUCUCUGCCCAGGUGACGGAGAGGCAGAGUCUGCUGGAGCACGCUGGCCUGUUGGCCUUCUCACAAGAGCUGCUAAAAGAGACGGACCCGCCCUGCUUUGUACAGGCGGCACGCCUUACACACAACAGGCUGGUGAAGGCAAUCGAGAACCUGCAGUGCUUCUCCCUGUCUGCCGACCCCUCCUUCCGACACUUCCAGAUGGACAUCUCCCGAGAACUCAAGCUGCUCACCAGCUUAGACUUCAUUCAAGCCCCUCUAGCCCCUGUGAUUGACACCCAGCGCACCUUGGCCUAUGACCAGCUCUUCCUGUGCUGGCGUUUGCCCCAGGACUCCGCCCCCGCCUGGCACUUCUCUGUCGAGUUCCGGCGCCGAGAGGGAAGGCCAGGGAGUGUCUGGGGCGGAGUCAGGGGAUCUGGGGGAGUGGCCGGGAGCGGUGGUGGUCACUGGGGCUGGCAGAGGCUGGAGGAGGUAGGCGGUACCAGCACCGUGAUUGAGAGGCUGGAGAUGGACAGUGUGUAUGUGCUGAGGGUGAGGGGCUGCAACAAGGCCGGCUUCGGCGAGUACAGUGAAGAGGUGUACCUGCACACCCCACCCGCCCCAGUGCUGAAUUUCUACCUGGACUCGCGCUGGGGCCUCCACUCUGACCGGCUGGUGGUCAGUAAGGAGCAGCGCUGCGCCCGCAGCGUCCCAGGCCUCUCCCUCCUGCAGGCGGCUGACCGCGCCCUCACUUCCUGUCACCUGACCUCUGACCUGCUGGUGGGCGACGUGGCCAUCACGCAGGGGAGACACUACUGGGCAUGCUCUGUUGAGCCUGGAUCAUAUCUGGUCAAGGUGGGAGUAGGCCUGGAAACCAAACUGCAGGAGUGGUUCCACCUUCCCCAGGACAUGGCUAGCCCUCGGUAUGACCCAGACAGUGGUCAUGACAGCGGGGCAGAGGAUGCCAUGGACUCUCCCCCUCCCUUCUCCUUCCUUACCAUUGGCAUGGGCAAGGUUCUUCUGCCCCAGGGGACACAUUCACAUAACAACUGUCCCAGCAAUGCCACCAGCCCAAGAGAGCCAACCUCCAAUCCCAAUAACAACAACAGCCACCCCACACCGCCCCCGGCUGUCACUGCCCCCUUGCCCCCUCGACUCGGGGUGUGUCUGGACUUUGAGAAGGGGCGUGUUACAUUUUACGAUGCACACUCACUCCGACCAUUGUGGGAGGGACCAGUUGAUUGCUCUGCCCCUGUUUGCCCUGCCUUCUGUUUCAUUGGUGGAGGGGCAUUGCAACUGCAAGAUUUGGUAGCCAAUCGCACCACAGAGCAGCCCCCAUCUAGAAGGGUCACCAUCCAAUCACGUGUCACCAAUCUGAAUAACUAAGCCCCGACAAAGAGUAUGUUCAGCACAAACAUUCAUACAUAUGCUGGUAGUUUUCAGUUUCCAUUGCAAGAAGGCCAUCUGAUGU